UUGUUUACUUCCGGGUUGUUCAAGUCGAAAACAACAGAGGGGUACCAACACGCCCACAGGCGCGGAGCAAAGCGGAUUAAAGUACCGCAGAGAUGGCAGGCGAGGCUGAAGAUGACAUUCCGGAAUCAGGGGCAGUUUUCACUUUUGGAAAGAGCAAGUUCGCUGACAACAUUCCAAGUAAAUUUUGGCUUAAAAAUGACAUCCCACUCAGAAUAGCGUGCGGCGAUGAGCACACCGCCUUAAUAACAGAAAAUGGGAAGCUCUUCAUGUUUGGUAGCAACAACUGGGGCCAGCUCGGCCUUGGCUCCAAAGUGACUGUCAACAAACCCACCUGUGUCAAAGCCCUGAAGUCUGAGAAAGUUCAACUGGUGGCUUGCGGGAGAAACCACACGCUUAUCUGCACAGCCAAAGGGAAGGUGUAUGCCUCAGGUGGGAACAGCGAGGGUCAGCUGGGGCUUGGAGACUGUGAUGAGAGGACGUCCUUCAAGAGACUUGAUUUUUUUGAUUCACAAGGAUCAAUCAAGAUGCUUGCUGCGGGUUCGAACACCUCAGCAGCUCUCACCGUGAGUGGUAAACUCUUUAUGUGGGGUGAUAACACAGAGGGUCAGAUUGGUUUGGGUAAGGAGAGUCAGGUGUCGUCACCCCACGAAGUCAGUGUAGGCCGACCAAUCAGCUGGGUCUCCUGCGGGUACUACCAUUCAGCUUUAGUGACAGUGGAUGGCGCUCUGUACACAUUUGGCGAGCGGGACAGCGGAAAACUGGGUUUGGGCACCCACCAGCUUCCAGGGCACCGAGUGCCUCAGCUGGUGAAGAGCAUCAAGGAGCCAGUGAGGCAGGUGGCCUGCGGGGGUGGACAUACAGUGGCACUUGCAGAGGGAAGUGUGUACACGUUCGGCCUCGGUCAGUUCGGACAGCUCGGCCAUGGGACAUUCAUCUUUGAGUCCCGGGUGCCGCGUUUGGUUGAGCACUUCAAGAAGGGACGAGCCUGUCAGGUGGCCUGUGGAGAAAACCACACCGCUGUCAUUACGGAAGACGGGUUGCUAUACACGUUUGGAGAUGGCAGACAUGGAAAACUUGGUCUGGGGGAAGAAAACUUCACUAACCAGUUUAAACCAACGCUAUGCCUGCGAUUCCUGAAGUAUAAUGUUCAGGGAGCGAUGUGCGGCGGAUGUCACAUGGUGGUGCUGGCUCGGCCGAGGGCCCGGGAAACCGGUGAGGUCACGCUGGAGGACGACGAUGUGAUGGAAGAUUUCCUGGAGAAACCAUACGUGGAACUGCUGGGUAACACAGUUGACUCAUCUACGCUGCAGAGGAGCCUCUCCGCCCGGGUUCGCAGGAGGGAGAGGGAGCGAUCUCCAGACCAGUUUGGCACCAUGUUCCGCACACUGCCUGCCAUGACACCAGGUAACCUCCUCCCGCCACUGACAGCCUCCAGCCAGACCAUACCACCACGACUGGCUCCGCCUGAGGUGAUCCACGGAAAGGUGCUCAAUGGCACUUACCAGCACAGGAACGAGGGGUCAAUCCACCAGGAGCUGGCAGGUGGGGAGACAGACAGUGUUGUGGAAAGUCUGACAGACACUGACAGCGUGAGAGGUCUUGGAGAAACCAGAGACUUCCUCAACAUGACUCAUGUGAUGAAGAUAGACCCCAGUGAUAAAACCCUCACGCUGUCUCCAGUUCAAAAGAGGAAGGGUAAGAAUGGUAAGGCUAUAAAAGAACAGAGUCAAAGAAAGCAGAAAAAGCUCUCAAAGCAGAGCAGUUUCUCUUCCUCUUCGCUGUCUUGUAAGAGUGAGGCUGCCUCUCCCCUCCGGGCAUUACCCACUGAACUCCUGAGGAGUCGUAGCACUCGUACUCAGGGCCCGCAGAGCCCCCAGAGACAUCAGAAAAGCAACCAGAACAAGGUGAAUCUGAUCUUGGCUGUAGAGGAGUUGCAGGAGAGGCCCAGUAAAAACAAACCUACAAGCAUCAGGGACAUAAAUAAGGCAGCAUCCAAAGAGCAACAAAUGCAAGUUCACAGUAAAAGCCAGGUGAUAGGGGUUCACAGGAAGCUGGCAGCAGACUCAAAACAAAGUCCAGAAACUAUGAAGAAAAGAUUAGAUUUCAACUCUAAAUCUGCUAAAGUUGAGAAAGUGGAGUCUAAGCCUGUGAGGGUUAAAAGCAAACCCUCAGGAAUCAGUUCACCAGGUAAACUCAGUCAUACAGACUCAGCAAGCUUUCACCUGAGUGACACUUUGGAUGAAGAGAGCAUAGUGGGCUCUCAGCAGGUUUCUGAGGUGAAAAAAACCCCCAAAUCUAAAGAGAAGAAAACAGAUUUGUCUAAGAAAAACAAGAAUGAAAAAAACAUGAAAGAAGCUCAAAUCAAAAAAGGGUCAGAGGUUCAGGAAAAGUCAACAGAUCUCAGCCUGCAUGUUGGAGCUGCUUCGCUCGCCGCAGGAGCAGUUUUGAUCCAAGCUGGAAGACAAUUAAGCUCCACAUCCCUUUCUGAGAACAGUUGUGCAGUACUUAAAGAGAGUGUGACUGAAUCACUGAGUGAGGAAUCUGAAUCUUACGCUGCCAAUUUUAGCCACAGAUCUGCUGUCAGCAUCAACAUCAUACCUGCACCUGAAAGUCCUGAAAUGAGGACAAUCUCAGAUCAAAGUGAACAGCAGAUGGACUCUGCCGCAAUCAAAGAGGAAGAGGAGGAUAUUGACGAAGAGGGUGAAGAGGAAGAAGGGCAAACAGAUGCAAAAGUAAGCGAGGAAGAGGAGGAUGUUAGUCACAUUAUUAAGAAAGUGGCAGAGAACACUGAGGAUGAAAAAGAGAGUGACACUCUUCACUCUGGAGAGAAGUCAGACAGCGAUGUAGAUGAGGAGGAGGAUGAGAGCAAUGUUGUGGUAGAAGAUGAAGAAGAGGAGGAGGAAAAGAGUGGAGUAACAGAAAGUGAAAGCAAAGCAGAGACUGAAGAGAAAGACAGAAACGGAGGUGAUGUAGAAGAAGAGGAGUCGGAGGAAGAGGAAAGUGAGGAAGGGUCAAGUCGCGAAACAGAGAGCAAACGUGGAGAUACUGAAAGUGACUUGGAUGAAGGGGACGAGGAAGAAGAAGGGAGUUUGGAGAGUGAGGGUGAAGAAGAUGAGGUUGAAAGUGAGUCUGUGAGGUCUUCAGAGAGAGAAGAAAGUGAGGAAGAGAGGGAAACCGAAGAAGGAGAAGAUGAAAAAGAGGAGGAAGAAAAAAGUAGUGCUGAAGAAGUAGAAGAGAGUAGUGAAGAGGAAAACAGUGAAAUUGAGGAAGAAGAGGAGGAGGAACAAAGUGAGGAAAAGGAGGAAGAGACAGAGGAUGAAGAGGAGGCAGAAGAAAAAGAAGAGGAACAAAGUGAGGAAAAGGAGGAAGAGACAGAGGAUGAAGAGGAGGCAGAAGAAAAAGAAGAGGAACAAAGUGAGGAAAAGGAGGAAGAGACAGAGGAUGAGGAGGAGGAAGAAGAAGAAGGAGAAGAGGAGGAAGAAAGUGAGGAAAAGGAGGCUGAAGCGGAAGAUGAGGAGGACCAGAGUGAGGAAGAAGAAGAAGAGGAAGAAGAAGAGGAAGAGAAGGAAGAUGAAGAAGAAGAAGAGGAGAAGGUUGUCAAAAGGAAAAGGUCUGCUGAAGUGAAAAGACAAAGUGCUAAAUCAGCAACUAGAAGCAAACUAAGGUUAGGGGUCAAAGGUCAGGCAGCAGAACGUCACUGUGCGCCUUCAAACCGAUUUGAGGCUAAACAGUAACACAUGAGAGGAAAUCCAAUUCGUAAUCACCAGAGCAUGCGCCAUAGUGAGGGGUUUAAGUUCGGGCCUGUGGUUUAUUUGGAGCAACACCAGGACGAGUGCAGGUGUCCAUGAGUUGUGGUUGCAUUAUUUCUGCAUCUAGGUAGUGCUAUAAAGGAGGGGUAAUUUCAAAUGCAGCAUUUCUGCCAACAAACAUCAGCAAACACAAACUGUUUGUGUCUACAGUUUGUCACAGUGUGUUGUUAGCCAAAGGUCCAGACACUGUAUUUCACAGGGAGAGAAAAGAAAGAGCUAACUUCACUAAACGAUGGAAAUAGAUAAGGAAGACAGGAGGUUAUAUUUAUAAGUACGGACUGCUCAGUGGUAUUUGAUAAUUUUUUUUCAUAUUGUGAAGCAUGCUGCAAAGCAAACUAAGGUAGAUUAUCUGUGUUAGUUAAAGGUUGCAUUAAAAUAAUCUAGUGCAGGAUAAGCUGGUUAGCUUUCAGUAAGGUGAUGUUAUGAAUUUGAAGUUAAGUUGAUGAAGUUUAGAUUCAUUCACUGAAUUCCACCUCUAUAUUGUUUAGUAUAGAGACAGCAUAAACAGUGCUGACUGCAGAGAACAGCAGGGCAACUCAUAAAAUACCUUCUUACAUUUGUUGAAUUCAGUUCUCCACAGAGAGCAGUAAACCUCAGAGCAAUAGCCCAGAUCAGCUGAUCACAGCCUGUACACUCAGAAAAUAUACUGGAGCCCACAAUAGAAAUUGUGAUUCUUUUCCCCACACUGAGCCAAUAUAACCUAUUUUAGGGUUUCACUACCUACUGAAUCCCACUUUAACCCCUGAGUGUACUCAUUUUCUGUUUAGAGGCAAAGUCAUUUUGUACAAUGGAAGCAAAAGAAAAUAGAGCUAUUUUUGUUUCCUUCUUUUUCUCUGCUAAUUUUCAAUUAAGAUUUAAACUAAAGUUUGCAUUCUCAGUUAUUAAUAUUUUAUUAUUACAUUAAUACAGCACAAGCUUCAGUUAGCUUUGCACAAAAAUCGCUAGUAGAAAUGUCCUUCAAAGAGGUACUCUUUACUUUCUUACUUUGAAUACAUUCAUAGCCAGUACUUUUUCACUUUCACCUGAGUAAAGAAGUUAAAUCAGUACUUAAGUACAGAAUGUUUGUCCUUUUUCCACUUCUGGAAUACACAAGCUUCUUUGUGUUUAUCUGAAUUUUAUGUUUUCAUUCUGAAACAGCUGGAACAUUUGCAUGUACUGUGCCUUUCCCUCUUACAUGUUAACCACACCAUCUUUUUAAUUUAAUAUAUUAUGAAUGUGUUUCUUUAUAGCUUUCUGAACCCUUUCUCUCAUAACGUUGUGUUGUUUUGGGCUGCUUUUGUAUUUCCAUCCAGCCUUUUGCUUUUGGUUUACGGCAAUGCUUACUCAUGUUUGUCUUAAGUAUUGAUUUCAAUGCUUUUUGGUUUACUUAUAUUUCCUUGGAAGCCUUUUCUUUUUGCUUCUGCUUCUGCUCAGUUAUACAUGGCUCUUGCAACCAGAAUUCUCUGAAUUUCCAGUAAUAUGACUAAUAGAGUACCCAAAUAUUCUUCAAACCUUCAGCCUUAAUCUUUGUCUUGCUCAAAUUUAAAUAUUUUAUCUGGAAUUAUUUAUGUUGCUAUUUCUGUUAAUUUGUAUUUGUAAUAAAUAUUUGUGUUGCAUUACAUUGUGGGUUUUUUUAUGUAUUAGAACAUAGGACAUUUGUUAAAGUAGUUCUUAAUGAUACUUAAUAGUCAAAAUUGUUUGUGUACAUUCACUACUAAACAAGAUUGUAUUAGUUAUUUAGACCAGGCUGACAUCUGCUUCUGCUUCCAUUUCAUACGUAAUUGCAUGCCAAAAUCUUUCAUUUUUGUAAAUGUAACUUUCUUCUGAGAAAUUAAAAAAAAAAACUCUCAAAAAAACAAUCUCAGUGGAAAAAAGGCAAAAUUCAAUGAGUGUUAAACAUUAGACUGUUGUAUUUAUUGUAUCCAGUAUGUCUUGCCCUGU